AUGUCUCUGCUCACGAAUUUCACUCGCACCGUGAGAAUUGCCAUUGCCCGGCCGUCUCCGUCACUUAAAUUCCUUCUGCCUGGGCUGUUUUUGGGCCCAGUACGACACCAGCAGAGUCGUUCAGCGUCAAUUGUUUCGGAUUUGCGAAAUGUUGCGUCUUCGUACAAUAAGCGCAUUAGGAGAGGUCGUGGUCCUUCCUCAGGGAAGGGUAAGACGUCCGGAAGGGGUCAUAAAGGUCAGAAACAGCACGGGAAGGUCCCGGCGGGAUUUGAGGGUGGUCAAACGCCAAUAGCAAUUGUGCAUGGACCAAGAGGAUGGGACAAUAAGUACUCCGAAACUAUGUCGCCAUUGAAUCUCGACAGGCUACAGAGCUGGAUCGACCAAGGCAGGAUUGACCCCACGAAACCAAUUACUUUGAAAGAGUUAGUGGACUCCCGCUGUCUCCACGGAAUCAAGGACGGCGUAAAGAUCCUCGCAAGAGGAAAAGAAGAGUUGAAGACACCUAUUGAUAUCACUGUAUCCCGCGCCUCUAAAGAAGCUAUCAAGGCCAUUGAAGCGGCUGGUGGUAAGGUUGUUACCCGCUACUUCACCAAGGACGGCAUCAAGUCUAUUGUCUACCCACACCUUUUCAAGACCCCACGCCGAUUGGCCAACCCUACUGCCCGUAAAGAUAUCGAGUACUACAGAGAUCCGGACCACCGAGGUUACCUCUCACACACCGUCACCGAGGGAGAAUCGCCCAGUCUGUUCUGGAAGAUUCCAGGGCCGAGCAAGGUUGGCGCUGGUCCUCAGAACAAGGGAGCCGGAGCGGCGCAGAAGAAAGCUAAGGAGGAGAACAGACUGUUCUAA